GGAAAUUUCCAGGCUAAAUACUGUUCUUCAACAAUCUCCCGCACGUAAAGCUAUUGAGAAGGCUAAAGAUACUAAAAUCGAAAUAUUAGAAAGAGAGAAGGAGGAUUUGCUCGAACGGGUCAAAAUGCUUAGGGUGACGGUUACAGAUAUGUCUACUCCAAGCAAGGUCUUCAACAUCACGGGGAUUUCUCCUAUACAUCGACAGGUUCUGUCUAUGUCAAUGAAGGCUCCCAAGACACCUGGAGGGCCACUUAGAGACCUUUCAUGGCUCAACAAUACGACUGCUGAGCCCUCCGUUUCUCCCCUUCUAACAGAAAUAUCUCGCCUGCAGCGUGAGCUGGACCGAGCCAAUGACAGUAUUGACGAUAAACUGGACAAACUCGAAGAUGCUGGCUUAGGGGUCGUUGGAUUAACGCAGGACCUUGAGGAUGCGCGCUCAAAGAUCUUGGUUCUUGAAGAAGAGAUCGCGCAGCUGACAAGACGAGAAGAAAGGCGCCUUCAGCGACUGGAGAGGCUCAGAUGCCAAAAAUGUCUCGUGAAAUUUGACCUGUCAGGCUUGAAUAUUUUUGCGGAUGAAAGCUCCGCAGAAAUAUCGCACAGCUACCUUCCAUCCAAUCCUCCGACACCUCCUACAAAAACGAGUGAUGCUUUGCGCUCAGAUCUUCAAUCUGUCAAUGCGCAACUCAGUGCCAUGAAGAAGCAAUGGAAAGAGGAAAAGUCACAACUGCUUGGUGAAAAUGCUGUGCUUCAAGAUGCCGCAAACCGACUAAAUGCUCAAGUGCGUGAUGCAAAGGAUGAGGUAAAGAGGGUAGCAGCCAUAGAAAAGGCUGGCGAGAAGGCGCGAGUCGGCAUACAAGGGGAACUAGACCAAGCUAAGCAAGCGAUCGCGGAUCUUGAAGGCGAACUUACAGCUGAAAGGACCGGACUGAGACAAAUGUCCACCGAGCAGAAUCGCGUCCAACGAGAGCGGGAAGAUAUUGUUCACCAGCUACAAAGGACCGAAGAGGACAUGAACGAUGUAAAGCGACAACUGCAGAAAGUCAAACUGGAAAAUCACGAGUUGGAAAAUGAACUUCGCACGAACGCCAACGUUGAGCAGAAGGCUAGACUCCUCGAGGUCAAAGUUACAGAAAAUGUCGAAACAAUAGACCAGUUACGGCAAGAACGAUCAUUGCUAGCUACUAACUACAAAGAUCUGCAGCGGAAAUUCUCAGACGUUUCAGAGCGUGGUAACAAACUUCGGGAAGAUUAUGCUCUUUCCCAGACAUCACACGACAAUCGUCGUCACCAGCUAGAUCUCCGCCUACUUGAGAUUGAAGAUCUGCGACGUACUUUGGCC